UAAGCGCUCAUUCAGUCUUGAAAUAUUGCUGGAGACACUUAAGUCAGAGACGUGACACUAAACCCUAAUAGUUACCAAUCAACUGUGAAAUAUUUCUGUGACAAAGGAUCAUCUUCUUUGGCUCUUCCUCAGUGCUUUCUAGAAAGGCGAACCAGCGAAUUUCUACAAGAAGCACGUAUUGCAGUGAAGAAUCAUGCCGCCAAAUCUCUUUGGGAACACACUCCUCUUGGCCGAGGGCACACUUGAGACAGAGAAAAGUGCAUCUCGACAAGAUACAGAUGAACCCCAAAUCAAACCACAGACUAUUCAGACAAUUGACGAGAGAAGGACAUCAACAAGAGUGGUGGAGAAGGAAUCGUACAAAACACGUUAUGUUUGGAAAAAUAUAAUUGUCUUCUUGUACUUGCACUUGGCGGCACUAUAUGGGAUUUAUUUGCAAUUAACAGUUGCGAGAUACAUAACAUUUGGCGUUGCACUCAUGCUUGGUUUCUGUGGUGGAAUGGGAAUUACAGCUGGUGCUCAUCGUCUCUGGUCACACAAAUCCUACAAAGCAAAGCUUCCCCUCCGAGCACUUCUGAUGAUCUUCCAGACCCUCGCUUUCCAGAAUCACAUCUUCGAAUGGGUCAGAGAUCAUCGAGUGCACCACAAAUUCACUGACACCAAUGCCGAUCCUCACAAUUCCCGACGAGGCUUUUUCUUCUCGCACAUGGGAUGGCUCAUGACCAAGAAGCACCCUGAUGUGAAGGAGAAGGGAGCAUCUGUGGACAUGAGUGACCUGGAGGCUGAUCCAGUCGUCAUGUUCCAGAAGAAGUAUUACGGAAUUUUAAUGCCAGUGUUCUGUUUCAUCAUUCCCGCCCUAAUUCCGUACUUCUUUCUCGGAGAGACUUUCUCAAAUAGUUGGUACAUCACAUCUAUGCUGCGCUAUGUUCUUUCUCUGCAUGGAACAUGGCUUGUGAAUUCAGCAGCGCAUUUGUGGGGAAUGAAACCCUACGACAAAAAUAUUUCCCCAGCGAAUAACAUCUUUGUGGCUAUCUAUGCUUAUGGUGAAGGCUGGCACAAUUACCAUCAUGUUUUUCCAUGGGAUUACAAGACUUCAGAAUUUGGUACAUACACCACAAAUGUUACAACGGCAUUCAUCGAUUUCUUCUCCAAAUUGGGUCUUGCCUAUGACUUGAAAACAGUCUCUGAGGACAUGAUCAGAAAGAGGAUCUUGCGAACGGGUGAUGGAUCACAUGAAUAUAGUCGCAAUAAGCGCGAAGAGGAACUCCGACAGAUGCUCAUGAGUGAUCACGAUCACUAUCAUGAUCAAAAUAUGGUUUGGGGUUGGGAUGAUAAUGAUAUGGACGAGGAGGAUAAGAAAUUUGCCAAAAUCUACAACAAGGAAGAUUGAAGAUGGUUUAAUUUAAUUUAUUACCUUUUAGUUUUAUAUGUAUUCCUUUUCUAUUUGUUUCAAGGUGCUUUUAAUCACUAGUUUAAAAUACCAAUACAAGUAUUUUGUAGCAUUGUAGAGUCAUUGAUAUGUAUUAAAGAAAUUUUACAUCUCAAUUCUUUUAACUUUGUGUACGGUUCUCUGGAAGAAAAAAAUUUCUUCUUUUAUAAAUUCUGUGGUAAUUUUUAAAAUCGAGAAAUUGUUGAUUUUUUAAAGUUAAUUGAGACUCUUGUAGUGCCACUCUUAUAAAAUUAUAAAUUCCUAAUAAGUUAUAUGCAUCACAUUAAAAUAUAUUCUAAUAUUUCAAUAUAAAGUCCAUGAAUUUGAUUAUUUAUGUAGUUUUGAAAUCUUUAGUAAAAAUUUAAUAUGUAGUUUUAUUUUAUUAAAUUCAGUUUAUUGCUGUAUCGCAAAGUUGCAAUAAGAACUGCAUAAUUUCCUUUUUUUUUUGGUAUGCUUUGAUUUUUGCAGAGUUAAAUAAAGAAUUUAUUAAGAUUUAACGAUUUAUUGAAUAAAUUUUGUUCUUAAUCUUUUCAUAUUAAAGAAAAGUCCAAAAAUAGCAAAGAUUUGCACCCCUAUCGAAUAGAGUGAUUGUUCAAUUGUGUUUCCUAAAAAAUGGUUUAAACCUGGUUAUGCUUUUCUUAUUCCAAUUUGCACGAUAUUAUGCAGAUUUUCCUCGCUCCUUAAUUACAUCAUAAAAACAUUUUUAAUUUAACUGUACGAAAUCUGUCAGAAUAUUGUUGAUCUAACCAUAUUUAUUUUUUGACAUGUUUUUUUGAAUAAAAUAAUGGAAAUUUUUAUCCAAA